AUGCACCACCUCAUCACAGCACUAAAGCCUGGCCCUUUUGUUGACAGUCUAUGCAAGAAGCCCGUGAACAAUCUAGACGAACUUCGGACCAGGGCCACUAAAUUCAUGCAGAUGGAGGAAUUGAAAGAAUUUUGCAAUACAACUCGAUCGGAUGCACAGGAGAAAAGGCACCAUGAUAGGGAGCGAGCGUUAGCACCCCGAUCCGGCCACAGGUUCAAAGACUCUAGGCAGUCGAAAUACAACAGGUACACACCACUCGUGUCCAAUAGGGCAAGAAUUCUGGAAGAAGCACUGAACACCGAUCUAAUAACAGCCCCUCGAAGGGCCCCGACUCCCCCGAACACCGACACCACCAAGCAUUGUCGGUAUCACCGAAAUUAUGGGCACACAACAGAGGAAUGCUUUACCUUAAAAGACAAAAUCGAGGAAUUGAUACAGGCAGGACACCUAAGAAGAUUCGUAAAACGAGAAGGUGGGGGAUUCUCCUCAAGGGGAGAACGAGAAAAGCGCUACGAGGAGCGACCACGAAGGACGUCAGAGUACCGAGAUAGGGAAGGAGACCGCACCCGCAGAGGGGCCGAACCCAAAAAAGAUGAUGAGCGGGAUACAAGAGAAAGGCCAUUGAGAGGAGUAAUCAACUACAUCUCCGGAGGUUUCGCAGGAGGUGGGGCCACUACGUCUGCAAGAAAGAAGUAUGUGCGAGCAAUCCAGAGUGUCAACGCCGUGACAGUAUGUCCCAGACGGCACAUGCCACCCAUCACGUUCCGAGAAGACGAUUUCCAAGCGAUCGACCCCCAGCAUGACGACCCAAUGGUGAUAUCAGUAGAGAUCGAGGAUUUUGCGGUCAGGAAAACCCUGGUGGACCCAGGUAGUUCGGUGGACAUCCUAUAUUGGGGCACCCUCAGGAAGCUGAAAAUUCCAGAAGAAGAGAUCCAACAAUACUCAGAGCCGAUCGUGGGCUUCGCAGGGGAGCGAGUGAAUACGAAAAGCUACGUCGACUUAUUCACCAAGUUCGGGACAGGAAUGGUAACACGAACGGUAAAAAUCCGGUACCUUAUUGUUGAUGCUCACACCUCUUAUAAUAUUUUGUUAGGGAGACCCUCGUUGAAUACGCUUGGUGCAGUAGUCUCCACAUAUCACUUGGCCAUGAAGUUUCCACCCGCCUCAGGAGACAUAAUCACUGUGCAUGUAGACCAACUGACUGCUCGCAGGUAUUACGCGGACAGUUUGAGAGAAAGACCCGAGUCUCCUCCCAGACGAGCAGUGAAUAACGUUGAGAAGGUCCCAGGGGAAGCAGAAGUAGACCUGGAUCCUCGGGUCAGCAGCGAGGAGAGGGUGGAACCGAUCGAAAGCACAGAGGAAUUCCAUUUCGAUGAACAUCGAUACACCCAUGUAAGCCGGACACUUGUAAAGACCCCCGAGAUGCGGAAAGUGUUACAGAGGAACGUUGAUUUGUUCACCUGGAGUGCGGCCGACAUGCCAGGCAUCGACCUAAGAGUAGCCAGUCACAAACUGUCUAUUUUUCGGGAAGCUCGGCCCGUUGCACAGAAGAGAAGAAAGAUGGGUGGAGAAAAAGGGAAGCAGCCAGAGCAGAGGUACAGAAGUUAA